CCGGCGAGGGCCGCCGGGAGCCGGGGGUGGGGUCGGUUUGAACCGUUGAGCCGCUCGGCCGGGCCGGUUCUGUGUGGGGCGGCCUCUCCCCUCGCUGAGGGGGGGCCGGGACCCGCCGGCCCGGCUCGGCCGCCCCCGCUCCGCGGAGCCGAGCGUGGGCGUCUGAGGAGAGUGAGUGUGAAUAAUUUUGCAGGUUACUUUGUGUUCUCUCAAAAUGAAUGGUGAAGAGGAAAUAUGGGGAAAACUAGAUGCAGAAUUUGAUCACUGUGUUGUGGAUAUGAAGCCUCAUGUUCUAAAACUACAGCAUCGGUCAGAACGACAAAGAUGUGCACUGUGGAUUAAAAAGCUAUGCGAGCCCUCAGGAGCAGGCACAGGAAUAGCGGGAAGGAAGAAUCGGAACCUAUAUGCAAAACUUUUGCUCCACAUGCUAAAGCGAGGUGUGCUGGAAGGUCCUUUUACCCAUAAACCAGAACCGGGCAUACUGAAAACUCUACCUUCAUACAUGUCAAUUUAUUUUGAUGAACCAAAUUCAACAAGAGUUCGGAGUAGUAGCCCAGACUGCUUACCUGACUGGGUAAUGGGAGAACUAGGAAACAGUGAAUCUAAGCAGGAGGAAUCGUGGAAGAUAUCUUCUAGAGAGGAAUCCUCUUUAGCAACACCACUUACAUAUGGGGAAAGAUUCAAGUACAAUGAGAAGCCAGUAUUAAGAUCACAUUCUAUGAGUCCUCCUCACCGGACAGAUGAAGAUAACCUAGCCACACCACUGUCUGCUGAUCAGGUGAUCUCUGAAUUCUGGAUUAGCCCCAAAAAGGACCAUCAUCAUAAAAAAACCAUUUCUUUGGAUGACAGUGACCUUGAAGCACGUCUCAAUAGUUGGAAUCUUGGGUUAGAAAAUCCAAGAUAUUUGAGAGAAAAACCGAUGCCAGUGUCUUUGAUGACACCCAAAAUUGGCCUAGGAAAAAGUAGCACUUUUCGUGAUGAAGAGGCACUAUUUCGAAUGCAUGAAAAAGAGCUGGACAUAAAAAUGAAAAUAGCAGAAGGUAAAUUUCAUGAAGAAAAACUUAAAUUACAGCAGAAGCACGAUACUGAUGUUCAAAAGAUUUUGGAUAGAAAGAAUGAUGAAAUAGAGGUAUUGAAGUCCCUCUACAAAACCAAACAAAAUGAAGCUGAGGAGACAAUUAGAAAACUGGAGAAAAAAGUUCAGACCCUUGUUCGUGAGUCACAAGUCAUCAGAGAAGCAAAAGAGAAGCAGAUUGUGGAGUUAAAGAAGAUGUGUGAGCAAAGCAAUGACUCUUUGAACAAUGAGUGGGAGAAAAGGCUUCACAAUGCUGUGGCUGAGAUGGAGAAGGAGAAGUUUAACAUUCGAAAGAAGCACACAGAAGAUAUGCAGGAACUGCUGGAGGACACCAAUGCUCGUCUUAGCAAAAUGGAGGAAGAUUAUUUGGAACAGAUAAAGUCAACUAACCAGACGGUCAAAAAACUGGAGGCUCGUGUCCAGCAGUUGACUGUUGAGGCUGAAAAUAGUAAUUUACAGCGUCAAAAAUUAUCUCAAGAAAAAACUGAUGCAGAACAACAUUACCAGGCGGUAUGCUCUGAACUUCAGGAAGUGAAAGCAAGGCACAGCUCACUUCAGAAGGACAAGGACCAUAUUAUACAGGAAUAUGAGGAGAACAUUCAGCAACUACAAAGUAAAUAUGAUGUUGAUAUAAAUUUUAUAAAGCAGGAACAUGCUCUCUCUGCAGCUAAGGCAUCUGAUGCAAUUGAAGAAUUACAGCAUAGUGUGUCUCUAUUAAAACAACAGUUACAAGAUUCAGAACAUCAAAGACAGCAACAGCAGAGGGAUCAAGAAUACAAGCUUCAACAGGACAAACUUCACUUGGAGCGUGUAUAUGAGAAACAGAUUCAUGGCAUCCGGAAUGAUCUUGAUAAAGAAAGAGGGGAUGCUCAAAAGAAAAUUCGCAAACUGGAAGAGACGUUGAAGGAGAAGGAGGAGCAGCUGACUCGGGUGACAGAGGUACAGAGGCUGCAGGCCCAGCAGGCAGAUGCUGCCCUGGAGGAGUUUAAGCGGCAGGUGGAGCUGAACUCAGAAAAAGUCUAUGCUGAAAUGAAACAGCAGAUGGAAAAGGUUGAAGCAGAUCUAAGCAGAUCAAAAUCGCUCCGGGAAAAGCAAUCCAAAGAAUUCUCCUGGCAAUUGGAAGAGCUCAAGCAAAGAUAUGAGCAACAGAUAGUGGAGCUGAAGCUGGAGCAUGAACAGGAGAAGACGCACCUAUUCCAGCAGCACAACGCAGAGAAGGACUGCCUGGUCCGAGACCAUGAACGGGAAAUCGAGAAACUGGAAAAACAGCUUCGCGCUGCCAUGGCAGAGCAAGAGAGUAAAACUCAAGAAUGCAGGAAACGAGACGGACAGGUUAUCUGCGAUAUGGAGAACCAAAUCCAUGUGCUGAGGGAAGAGCUUAUUCAGGUAAACACUCAGCGGAAGCAGCAGCUGCUGGAGCUGAGCCAUCAGUGGGAAGAGGAGAAGCAGAGGGCAGCUCGAGACCAUGAGACAGCAGUGAAUAAGCUGAAAGUGGAGGCCGAAAAAAUGACAUUAGACCUCAAAAAGAUACAUGUGGCAGAAACAGAGAAGGCCUUGGACAAGGCAAACAGCCGGCUGAAGCAGGCUGAGAAGGAGUACAGUCAGAAGCUGGCUAAAUCCUCGCAGAUCAUAGCUGAACUUAAGACAACCAUUUCCUCUCUGACAGAGGAGAACAGCCGGCAGCAGCUUGCCGCCGAGCAGCGGCUCCAGGAAGUUGUACACAAGUUUGAAGAUAAGAAGCAGCAGCUGAUUACAGAUAAUGACAGAGCAAUCAAGGCCUUACAAGAUGAAGUGGAAAGUUACCGCAAUCAGGCGCGGGCUGCAGAGAAGAAGCUGCAACGCUGGGAGCUGGAGACCCACGAACAGAUGACCCAUAUACGACAAGAAUAUGAAACCACACUCAAAGGUUUGAUGCCAGCAUCUUUGAGACAGGAACUUGAAGACACUAUUGUAUCUUUAAAAUCUCAGGUAAAUAUUCUGCAGAAAAGAGUCUCUGUCCUCCAGGAAGAGCUGAAUACCUACCACACCAGAAGGUAGCUGCCGGAGCUGUUGGAUUUCUUCGAUUGCCAAACGGACUGCUUUGAAUAGGUUUGAAGAUUUGGCUCUUGUAAAUUAAAAUGCAAAGAUCAGUGGCUGUUUUGUUAGCACAUAAAAUGUAAUGAAGUUCAUGAAAACACAUCCAUUGCUCAUGACAGCAUGUUUUUAGUUGUAUCUUCCUUCCAUUAUUUUUUUUAUCAUUAUCUUAUUACAGACUUAUGCUUUCAAUAUACUGUGUGUUUGAGUCCGUGCUGAGCUUGCUUACUGAGCGAGUAGAGUUUCCUCUACUAAUAUUUUUGUUAUUACUUCCUAGUACCAUUCUUUUCACUUUUAUACAUGAAGAAAGUCCCAUUUUCUAUUAUUAUUGUCCAAGAUAUUUUAACAUAUUUUGAUAUUGUUUUGUGUC